ACAUGCCGCCACUGGCUCCUGCUCCCGAUUUAGACCCCGUUGCUCUUUGGGACGGGAGCAGAGUUGGAGUAUGUUCAGGACGAGACAGCGGGGCCAGUAAACUGCUGCUGCGGAGCGCCCUGAACACAGCACAGCCAGCGGACGCGCCCAAACCAUGGACCCUCUCGCACAGGUCCCUGUCCUGGACAAUGGGCUCACCAUGAAGGAGACAGCAGGGUGCUUCUCUCCUGUCCUCCCCUGCAGCCACGGAUCCCGACCACAACGUGUACAUGAAGUUCAUGAUGAGCCACUGCUGCUACGACGCCAUUCCGACCAGCUCCAAGUUGGUCAUCUUCGACACCACGCUGCAGGUGAAAAAGGCCUUCUUCGCCCUGGUGGCCAAUGGCGUGAGGGCCGCACCUCUGUGGGACAGCAAGCUGCAGUGCUUCGUAGGAAUGCUGACCAUCACAGACUUCAUUAACAUUCUCCACCGGUACUACAAGUCCCCCAUGGUGCAGAUCUAUGAGCUGGAAGAGCACAAGAUUGAGACGUGGAGAGAGGUCUACCUCCAGUACUCCUUAAACUCGCUGAUCAGCAUCACGCCUGACUCCAGCUUGUUUGAUGCCAUCUACUCUCUGCUGAAGAAUAAGAUUCACCGGCUGCCGGUCAUCGACCCAGAGUCGGGGAACGUCCUGCACAUCCUGACGCACAAACGCAUUCUCAAGUUCCUGCACAUCUUUGGCUCGAUGAUUCCAAAGCCCCGUUUCUUGCAGAAGCGGAUUGAGGAGGUUGCCAUCGGGACUUUUGACAGGAUUGCCACAGUCCUGGAAAGUGCCACGGUCUAUGAAGCCCUGGCCAUCUUCGUGGAGCGGCGGGUGUCUGCGCUGCCAGUGGUGAAUGAUGAAGGGAAAGUGGUGGCCCUUUACUCCAGGUUUGAUGUGAUUAAUCUGGCGGCUCAGAAGAACUACAACAACCUGAACAUGACGAUGCGGGAGGCCCUGCAAGGGAGGGCCUGCUGCGUCGAGGGCGUGCUCAAGUGCUACCCUCACGAGACGCUGGAGACCAUCAUCGACCGCAUCGCCAAGGCGGAGGUUCACCGUCUGGUCCUGGUGGACAAGGAGGACAUAGUGAGGGGAAUCGUGUCGCUCUCCGACCUGCUGCAGGCGCUGGUUUUGACUCCCGCAGGUAUUGACGCCCUUUUCUCUUAGCACCUGGGCGGUCUGUUCACCUUCAUCACCUCACAGCCUUUCCCCAGCCCAGGUAGGAGCCCUGUCCUCUCACUCCUCUCGCCCCUCUCGCCCUCGGCCUGCAGUCUUUAGUGCCAGAGACCCUGCAGGUUGCUGUCUGUAGCUGCAUCUUGCCAUCCUUUUUUCUGCUCUGUCACUCCCCUCCUGGCCCCACACACCCCCUGGCAGAGUCAGGGUCUGACGCGAGCAGAUCUGGCAACCCGUCUCCUACCCCUCCCUGCUUGUCUGGUGAGAGAGCGCUUUGCCGCUGAGAGAAUCUCCAGAGGUCGAUUCUAUGGAAUCCCCACUGUUGGGGGGGAUUGCUAGCCCCUUGUUCAUGCAUGGACUGAAUGUAAUGGCCGAUGGAAAGAAAGCUCUGCAAACGACAGGCUUCUGUAUGGAUCCGCAAUGGUGUUUUGCGUCUCUGUGAGCAGCAGCUUCCUGUUAAAGAUGACAAACGGGUCUGCCUGUCUCGUUUGUUCCCUGCAUGGAGUUCAUUGAUCCAAUAUCCAUCUCACCAACAUAUGUCUUACACAGUCUUUUGCAAUGUAUCCACCAAUGAUUGAUAUGUUAUUGUGAUAACUUUGCUACAUUGUUGUAAUUGUUGUGAUCAAUCAAUCAAACCUAAUUGUGUUUGACGUAUAAGGCCAUAUUAAUACAGGUACAUAAACCAAAUAGAUCAAAAUAAUAUACUUAAAAAAACUGACAAUGAGCAGUUUCAUCUUUCAUAAAAUGUACCAUUUUGCUGUUGUAUU